AAAUGACAAAGAUAUUGACAUAUAAGAAAGUAUAUAAAAAUUGAAAUAAUUUAAUUUCACAAAAAAUUAUAUAUGUUUUAGAUCAUAAUCUGGUAACAAGUAUAUUUUUUAUUCUGAAUACUUUCAAAGCUAACUUACGUCUGCACCUCUUAAAAGAAGAGAGCUGAAUGAGCUAUUGAUAAGCUAAUGCGCAUGCGUAACUUCUUUAAAAUGUUUCUCAAUAUUCCAUGAGAAAAAAACAUCUGAUGUUCUUUCGGCGUUGGAUCGAUGUAAUCGGCAGCGACUGUCAUAUACACACUAUAGUGUUAAGUUGCGAGUGCUUCAAUUGCACAUGAAACAUUUUGUAUUAUCUUAUAACGGCAAACUUAGACUAAAUUGUAGAAAAUAAGUUAUAGCACUUUAACAUUUUUUUAAAAAAGAGGAAAUGUAGAAACUAAAGAUAUUUAUAUAAUUUUUAUACUUAAUAGUGAGGAAUAAGGGGACUUUCAUUCUUUUAUCUCUUUUAAACGCACUUAAUGUUAGUAGAAAGAUGACCAGUAUCGUAGACAAAUAUUUCAGUCUUAACCGUGCUUUUUUACUGAUAGUUGGACUAUGGCCUUAUCAACAAUCGAAAUUUGCUCGAUUUUAUUUAUUUUGUUGCUACUGUAUUAUUGUAACUACUGUUAUAUUUCAGAUUGCAACACUUGUGACCUCAAAAUGUACUGCAGAUUAUGUUAUAAAGUUUUGUUCUUUUUUAUUUGGUUUCAUUACUUUAGCGGUUACAUACAAUUCGUUUUGCGUUAAUAGUGACAAAUUAAGGUAUUUAAUGGAACAACUUCAGUUCAUUUAUGAUGACUUAAAAGAUAAUAAUGAAAUUGCCAUUUUUGAAAAAUAUGGAAACAUUUCAAAACGUUAUACGGCUGCGUUUAUAAUAGCUCUCGGUUGCUGUUUAUUUACUUUGAUUGGCAUCCAAUUAUGGCCAAAUUUUAUUAAUAUUAUUUUAUCUACAAAUAAAUCACAAUCACGUCGCCUGCAAAUCUUUACUGAAUACUUCAUUGAUCAAGAAAGAUAUUACUAUAUACAGCAAUUCCACAUAAAUGCAGCUGUUUGCAUAGGAUUCACCGCAUUUACAACAACAGGAGCAAUGCUAUUUACAUGUUGUCAAUAUGCAUGUGGAAUGUUUAAAAUUGCUAGGUAAACAACUAUGAAUAUUCAAAUAUAUGUGUGCAAUAAUCAAAAUUAUUAAAAUAGAUCGGUCUCAACCGAUUAUACUACACAAAGAAUGUUACAAGGAAACGAGAAAUUGCGGAAGCAUUUUUUAUUAAAAAACAUGAGCAUACUAUUAAUUUGCAAAAGAAUACUGAUAACCUUACUGGCGUCUAAAAUAAUUAAAUUAACAUAAGCUUUUAAAUAUAUUGACUUUAUUUGACGUUAUGUAUUACCUGCAUAUUGUUUAUGUAUAUAUUUUAUUAUUUGACUCCGCACUGUGCUUUAAUCGAGCAUCUGGUCUCGAUGGAAACACACGUAUUAUGUUCAAUUUACUUAAGAAUUUAUUAUAUUUUAUUACAUACUUUUGACUACAUUUUUAAUUUGUAAGUAACAUUAUUGGUUUUCC